UCCCUUCCAGCCAGCUGAGCUGGGUCAGCCGUAUCUAAGGAGGACAAUGGGGCGCGGGGGGAAGAAGGGGACUGUGACCCCUCACGAGCAGUACCCAAGCCCAAGACCUAAAAAGGGGUCUAAGACUAGGAUGAGAAGAAAAAUGAAGAGGAAAAAAAAGAAGGCUGAAAUGGAAGAGCUGAAGAAGGAAGUGGUCCUGGAGGACCACAAGUUAACCUUGGAAGAGCUGAGCGCCAAGUACUCUGUGGACUUGACGAUGGGCCUUAGCCCAGGAAAGGCGCAGCAAAUCUUGAAACGAGAUGGACCCAAUGCACUUACCCCUCCCCCAACCACUUCAGAAUGGGUCAAAUUCUGUAAACAGCUGUUCGGUGGCUUCUCCAUCCUUCUGUGGAUUGGGGCCAUUCUCUGCUUCUUGGCCUACGGCAUCCAGAUACAUUUCAAUGAGGAGGCCACCGAGGACAACCUGUACCUGGGCAGCGUCCUGGCUGUCGUGGUCAUCAUCACGGGUUGCUUCUCCUACUACCAGGAGGCCAAGAGCUCCAAGAUCAUGGAGUCCUUCAGAAAAAUGGUGCCGCAGCAAGCUCUGGUGAUUCGAGGCGGAGAGAAGAUGCAGAUCGAUGUGGAGGACGUGGUGGUAGGAGAUCUGGUAGAAGUCAAGGGCGGAGACCAAAUCCCGGCGGACAUCCGGCUCAUCUAUUCCCAAGGGUGUAAGGUGGACAAUUCGUCCUUGACGGGAGAGUCCGAGCCCCAGACCCGCUCCCCCGAGUUCACCCACGAGAACCCUCUGGAGACCCGCAACAUCUGCUUCUUCUCCACCAACUGCGUGGAAGGAACGGCUCGGGGCAUUGUGAUCGCGACGGGAGACUCCACGGUGAUGGGCCGCAUCGCCUCUCUGACGUCAGGCCUGGUGGUCGGCAAGACCCCCAUCGCCAUGGAGAUCGAACAUUUCAUCCAUCUGAUCACAGCGGUGGCCGUCUUCCUUGGUGUCACUUUCUUCGGGCUCUCAAUUAUCUUGGGCUAUGGCUGGCUGGAGGCUGUCAUUUUUCUCAUUGGCAUCAUUGUGGCCAAUGUGCCCGAGGGGCUGCUGGCCACCGUCACGGUGUGUCUGACCCUGACAGCCAAGCGCAUGGCGCGCAAGAACUGCCUGGUGAAGAACCUGGAAGCCGUGGAGACGCUGGGCUCCACGUCCACCAUCUGCUCCGACAAGACGGGCACCCUCACCCAGAACCGCAUGACCGUCGCCCACAUGUGGUUCGACAAGACCAUACACAAGGCCGACACCAGGGAGGAGCAGACCGGGAAAACAUUCACCGCCAAGAGCUCUGUGACCUGGUUCAUCCUGGCCCGGAUCGCCGGCCUCUGCAACCGAGCCGACUUUAAGGCUCACCAGGAGAACCUUCCCAUUGCUAAGCGGGAGACGACGGGGGACGCCUCCGAGUCAGCCCUCCUCAAGUUCAUCGAGCAGUCGUACAGCUCUGUGAAGGAGAUGAGAGAGAAAAACCCCAAAGUGGCCGAGAUCCCCUUUAAUUCCACCAACAAGUACCAGGUGUCCAUCCACCUGCAGGACGACAGCAUCCAGCCCCACGUGCUGAUGAUGAAGGGGGCCCCGGAGAGGAUCUUAGAGUUUUGCUCUUCUUACCUUCUGAAGGGGGUGGAGUACCCCAUGGACGACGAGAUGAGGAGAGACUUCCAGAACACCUACCUGGAACUAGGAGGCCUGGGGGAACGUGUGCUGGGGUUCUGCUUCUUGACUCUGCCUAGCACUUUCUCCAAGGGAUUCAAGUUUAAUACAGAUGAAAUCAAUUUUCCCAUGGAUAACCUUUGUUUUGUGGGGCUCAUAUCCAUGAUUGACCCUCCCCGAGCUGCAGUGCCUGACGCUGUGGGCAAGUGUCGUAGUGCAGGGAUUAAGGUGAUCAUGGUGACCGGAGAUCACCCCAUCACAGCCAAGGCCAUCGCCAAAGGUGUGGGCAUCAUAUCAGAAGGCAACGAGACUGCGGAGGACAUGGCGGCCCGGCUCCAGGUCCCUGUCAGCCAGAUCAACUCCAGGGAAGCCAAGGCCAUCGUGGUGCACGGCGCCGACCUGAAGGCCAUGACGUCACAGCAGCUGGACCAGGUCCUCAAGAACCACACGGAGAUCGUGUUCGCGCGGACAUCGCCGCAGCAGAAGCUCAUCAUCGUGGAGGGCUGCCAGCGGCAGGGGGCCAUCGUGGCAGUGACCGGGGACGGCGUGAACGACUCCCCCGCGCUGAAGAAGGCGGACAUCGGCAUCGCCAUGGGCAUCACGGGCUCCGACGUGUCCAAGCAGGCCGCCGACAUGAUCCUGCUGGACGACAACUUUGCCUCCAUCGUCACGGGCGUGGAGGAGGGCCGCCUCAUCUUCGACAACCUGAAGAAGUCCAUCGCCUACACCCUGACCAGCAACAUCCCUGAGAUCACGCCCUUUCUGCUCUUCAUCAUCCUCAGCAUCCCCCUGCCGCUGGGCACCGUGACCAUCCUCUGCAUCGACCUGGGCACCGACAUGGUCCCGGCCAUCUCCUUGGCUUACGAGUCCCCCGAAAGUGACAUCAUGAAGAGGGCCCCCCGGAAUCCAAAGACUGACAACCUGGUGAACAAUCGCCUCAUCGGCAUGGCCUACGGGCAGAUUGGGAUGAUCCAGGCUCUGGCUGGGUUCUUUACCUACUUUGUGAUCCUGGCCGAGAACGGCUUCAAGCCCCUUGACCUGCUGGGUAUCCGCCUGAACUGGGAGGACCGGUUCUCCAAUGACCUGGAGGACAGCUACGGACAGCAGUGGACCUACGAGCAGCGGAAGGUGUUGGAGUUCACGUGCCACACGGCCUUCUUUGUCAGCAUCGUGGUCGUGCAGUGGGCCGACCUCAUCAUUUGCAAGACCCGGCGCAACUCAGUCUUCCAACAGGGCAUGAAAAACAAGAUCCUAAUAUUCGGGAUCCUGGAGGAGACCUUCCUGGCUGCUUUUCUGUCCUACACACCAGGCACAGACACAGCCCUGAGGAUGUACCCACUCAAGCUACCCUGGUGGCUCUGUGCCACUCCCUACAGCCUUCUCAUCUUUAUCUAUGAUGAAAUUAGAAAACUCACCAUCCGAAGUCAUCCUGGCGGGUGGCUGGAGAGAGAGACCUACUACUGAACUCAGCAGAAGAAGAACUUCCCGUGCGGGGGCCGUCCCAGGGCUGGGUGGGGGGCUGGGG